AUGUCUUUCUCCGUACAGGGCAAAACGGCCAUUGUUACUGGCGCGGGCUCCGGAAUCAACCUGAGCUUCGCGCAACAGCUCCUGGAGAACGGGUGCAAUGUUCUGAUUGCCGACUUGGGUCUUCGUCCUGAGGCCCAGACCUUGGUUGAUCAGUAUGCGGACGCGAGCAAGUCCCCUCGGGCUAUCUUCCAAAAGACGGACGUGACGAUCUGGAAGCAGCUGGAGCAGAUGUUCGAGGUUGCGGAGAAGGAGUUUGGCGAGGUCGAUAUCGUCUGUCCUGGGGCUGGUGUUUACGAGCCGCACUGGAGCAACUUCUGGCGGCCCCCAGGAACAUCCGUAAGCCACGACGCCCCAGACAGCGACCGCUACGCCCUGCUAGACAUAAACCUCACGCACCCCAUCCGCACAACGCAACUCGCAAUCUCGCACUUCCUGCGUUCGGACACAGACGCCACGCGCCGCAAGGCAAUCGUGCACAUCUCCAGCAUAGCGGGGCAAAACCCUGCCCUCGCAGCACCCAUCUACGUCGCCACAAAGCACGCAAUCAGCGGGUUCGUCCGGUCCCUCGCGAAACUCGACGAGCGCUGCGGGAUCCGCGUUACGGCUGUUGCGCCCGGCGUUAUCAAGACACCGCUUUGGACGGACCACCCGGAAAAACUGAAGAUGGUUGAUGAUGGCAAGGAUGCGUGGGUUACGCCGGAUGAGGUUGCGACGGUGAUGCUGGCGCUUGUGCAGCAGAAUCGCGUGAGCGAGGUUAUUGGGGAUGUGGAAGGUAAGGAGGGGACAGAGGUGUUUCCGGUUAGUGGGGGGACGGUGUUGGAGGUGUCGAAGACGGUCCGGUCGGUUUUGCCGUAUAAUGAUCCUGGGCCUGGGACGAGGCCGGGGAAUACGGCGAGCACGACGGCGAAGGUGGAGGAUGAGGUUUGGGAGUUGCUUGGGGCUGGAUGGGGGGCUUGA